GCCAGCAGCGAGGGGAGGCGCAAACAUUGCGCAAUUCUCCAGCUUUCGCUUUCGCUGCGCCCUGUCCGGGGGGGGGCAGCUCGGCCCUGCAGCUCACAGCCCCCCCUCCCGAGUCUUCCAGUGAUUUGCUGCAGCGCCUUGGGCUGAUCUCCCAGCCUCGGUUUCCCCAGCUGUGCAGUGGGGAUAGCAGCAGUCCCCCUACCCCGCAGUGCAUUAGGGAGGCCUGUCUAUCCCCUGCAGCCUUCCCCGAGGGCACCGUCCCGGGGCGUGAGCAGCAGCCCGGUGCGGCUAUGGCGGAGGCGCUGCGGACCCUGAACGCAGAUCUGCUGGCCAUCAGGGGGGCGCUGGAGGCCGGCAGCCCCGCGGGGACCCCGGCCGCGGCCCUGCGGGAGAAGCUGGCCCAGGAGUUCCUGGCCGUGGUUCACGGUUUCCACGCCCGGUUCGCUCAGUGCCGGCGGAUGCGGGCUGGAGGCCCGGCUCCAGGAGGUCUCCGGGGACCCCGGCUGCUGGGUCUGCAUCGGCUGCACCCGGGCGCUGACGCACUGUCUCUGGGAGGCCGGGCCGUGGUGCCGGGCCUGGCACCGCAGGGCCGCUGGCUACGAGAAAACCCGCACCUACUACUGCCGGCCGGCAUCGUCUUCCUGGUGACCUACGCCCGGCGGGGCAGCCGGCCGGGGGAGCCCGCCGGGCACACGGAGGCCCUGCUGCGUGGCAUCGCUGCCCACUUCCGCCCCCGGGGGGCGCCGGCGGACGAGCUGGUGCAGUUCCUCAAGGACGACUUUUCCCAGCUGAUGGGCCAGUACCCGGGCUACCUGGCGCAGUGCCAGGCCAUGAGCCAGAUCCCCCCGGCCUGCUUCCCGGGGCGGGCCCGGGAGCUCCUGGCGGGGCUGGGGCCGGCGGAGGGGGUCCUUGCUGGCACGGUGCCGGACGGGGUGGUCUCCAUGCGGCCCUGCCUGUGGGAGGUGGGGGCGGGCGAGGCGCAGGCCGGCGAGAAGCUGCACACCUACUUCACCAGGCUGGACGGUGCCCUCGAUGCCAAGCAGCUGCUGGAGGAGAUCUGGGGCCACCCCCGCUGCAUCAACAGCCCCCCAGGGCUGGCGGGGCAGCCGGGGGACCCGGCCGGGGGCCUUCCUGUACCUGGCCAUAUUCCGGAGGGCCUGCCUCCCGGGCGGGCCCUGAGCGAAGGGGCCGACCCGGUGCCACUGCCCAGCCCCGAGCGCGUGUGGCUGGGGAGUCCGGAUCCCCGGCCAGCGCCCUUGCCAGGAGCUAACCGCAAGCAGGGUCCCUGGAGGACUCGUACGGCGCUGUGCCACGCGAGGGAUGAGAGGGAAACCGAGGCAGCCUGCUGCUUCCCCCCGCCGACAGCUGGGACCUCAGCCACAAAGGCAGCGACGGCGUGUUCCCACUGAGGGCUCUGCAGGUGCCGGACAAUCUGCUCCCCCGCCGGCACCUUGGCGGCUGUCCCGGUGCCCGGGGCCUGGGUGAGCCUUGGACACCGAGCCGGGCUGCUGCCAUCUGCCAUGCUCUGCGCCCGGCCAGGCAGAAGCAGCUGUGGCUGGGGAGGGGUGUUACAGGCCUGUCCGAGGCAGCCCUGGCCGCUUAGGUUAGGCCGCCCACAGCCGGACGUUCACAGCACAAGGAGGAGUCGCCGCACCUCGGAGUAACGGCUCCCGCGUCCCCCACGGCGUGGUGGCUGGCAUGGGCUGGGCUCUGAGCGCCCCACGGAGCCAGCUCAGCAACCCCUGGGGCCCAACACGCCCAGGGCCAGGGGCGACAGAGGCGCAGAGGGAGGAAGGGAUUUGGCCCAGGUCACACAGACCAUUGGUGGCAGAGGUGGGAACUGGACCCAGGAGUCCUGGCUCCCUGUCCACUGCCCGACCCUCCGUGGGGCUGCAAAGGGGAGGGGAGAGUGUGUGGGGCCAGGGUUGAUCCCCCCACGCGUUGGGGGGCUGUAACCCAAAGCAUCCUCGGGGCCCCUUUCAGCCUGACACCGCCUGGCUGCGAGCAGGACUCUGUGGUUCGCACGCGGGGGGGUCGGGGGGUGCUAUUCUGAGACACACACACCUCUGCCGGGUGUAUUUUAAGCCGGCGGGGGAAUGACGCAGCCCCAGGAAGCAGGGGAGGCUCAGUCCAGCCUCACCACCAUGGCCGUGGGGAUCGUGCUGCUCCUAGGGCUGGGGAGCGCUGGUGACUAUGGAGGGAAUUGGGGGGGCUGCCUCUCUGGACCCCCAUCUGCCCCGGCCGAUGCCCGGGUGUGAGGGGUCCGGAUCCCAAAACCACGGGGGGCUCAUUUGAAAAAACAGCUGGUCGUGGCUGGCUUGG